UCUCGGCGGGCAAGGUGAAAGGUUCCGAAGAUGGCGGCGGCCUUUAUGGAUGAAGAAGUGGAUAACGAUGAUUAUUACUCGCUUUUAAACGUCAGGAGGGAGGCUACCCAGGAGGAGCUGAAGGCGUCUUAUCGCAGACUGUGUAUGUUCUACCAUCCUGACAAGCACCGAGACCCAGAACUCAAAAGGCAAGCGGAGCGGCUCUUUAACCUCGUUCACCAGGCUUAUGAAGUUCUUAGUGAUCCACAAUCAAGAGCGAUCUAUGACAUCUAUGGAAAGAAAGGCUUGGAUAUGGAAGGAUGGGAGGUUGUUGAGAGAAGACGGACAGCGGCUGAGAUCAGAGAUGAAUUUGAGAGAUUACAAAGGGAAAGAGAAGAAAGGCGACUUCAACAAAGAACCAAUCCAAAGGGGACAAUUAGUGUUGGAAUAGAUGCCACUGAGCUGUUUGAUCGCUAUGAUGAAGAUUUCGAAGACUUGCCAGGAAGUAUCUUUCCCCAGAUUGAAAUUAACCGAAUGCACAUCUCGCAGUCUAUUGAGGCACCUCUGACUGCAACAGACACGGCGAUUCUGUCCGGGAGCCUCUCCACGCAGAAUGGUAAUGGCGGAGGAUCGAUAAACUUUGCUCUGAGACGGGUGACCUCGGCCAAAGGAUGGGGAGAGUUAGAGUUUGGAGCCGGCGACCUUCAAGGACCGCUUUUUGGAUUCAAGGUUUUCCGCAAUCUCACGGCUAAAUGUUUCUUUACUACAAAUUGCAUGUUGCAGUUUUCCUCUCAAGGCGUUCGCCCGGGACUUACGACCAUGUUGGCUCGACACUUAGACAAGAAUACCAUGGGUUAUAUACAGUGGCGCUGGGGGAUCCAGUCUGCUAUGAACACCAGUAUCGUCCGGGACACGAAAACCAGCCACACGACCAUGGCACUGCAGCUUGGAAUCCCCCAUUCCUUCGUGAUGUUUAGUUACCAGCACAAGUUUCAAGACGAGGAUCAGACGCGGCUCAAGGGAUCCAUAAAGGCUGGAUUAUUUGGGACGGUGGUGGAAUAUGGAGCGGAAAGGAAGAUUUCGAGGCACAGCGUGUUGGGAGCCACAGUCAGCAUCGGGGUGCCUCAAGGAGUGUCCCUAAAAAUCAAGUUAAAUAGAGCCAGUCAGACAUAUUUCUUUCCUAUCCACCUGACAGAUCAGCUCCUGCCGAGCGCCGUGUUUUAUGCCACUGUGGGCCCUCUAGUUAUCUACGUGGCCAUGCAUCGCCUUAUCAUCAAGCCUUACCUCCGGGCUCAAAAAGAGAAAGAGCUGGAAAAACAUAGAGAGAGCUCGGCGACGGAUAUAUUAGAGAAGAAGCAAGAGGCGGAGGCCGCGGUUCGGUUGAUGCAAGAGUCUGUGAGAAGGAUCAUAGAAGCGGAAGAGUCUCGGAUGGGCCUGAUCAUACUGAACGCUUGGUACGGCAAAUUUGUGACUGAUAACAGCAGGAAAAACGAAAAGGUGAAGGUGAUUGACGUGACGGUGCCGCUGCAGUGUCUGGUGAAAGAUUCCAAGCUAAUCCUCACGGAAGCUUCAAAGGCCGGUCUUCCUGGUUUCUACGAUCCUUGCGUUGGUGAAGAGAAAAGCCUAAAAAUACUUUACCAGUUCCGAGGAGCCCUUCACCAAGUGAUGUCCGGAGAUAAUGAACCUCUUAGGAUACCAAAGCAGUCUCACAAGAUCGAUGCGGACGGCUAGCCGACGUCGGGGAACGCCACCAAGAAAUCUCACAACCUCCUCGGCCCGAAAAAAACUUUUCCUUGGAUUCUCCGUUCCAGAAAACCAGGAGUCCGAGAGAAGUUUUACUCUUGUAUUUUUUUUAUUAUUAUUAUUAUUAUUCGGAGAGCCAUAAAGGUUCCGCCAACCUAAUUAAGUGCAGAUGAGAGACGGUCGCUCUUGGUAUUUAUAUCGCGGCGAUAUUACUGCUGCUAUAAGGGGAAAAACUACAUAAAGAUUGGCGCCCAGGUCUUGUCAGCCUUGGAAACCGCAGCCAGAAUUUAUCUAUCGGUGCAAUUGGUAUGGAAUCGAUUGUAAAAGUUGUGGAUACGUUUUGUUACUGUGAAAAUCCUCCAGCUUUUUAAAUGGACUCCCGAGCUAUCGCAAAACGACCUGUCUGUCAAAGCAGGGAGAGCGAAAGAAGUAAUAACAACGCGUAGCACAUUAACAUAUGAUAACUGGUAUUAUAUGGAUGUGGCAAUGCAGGGGUUCAUGUUUAAAUUGCACUUUAUUCCUAGCUAUGGCAUGGUUACUGAACUUGAAAUUCCGAUACCUUACUGUAAACCACUGUGUAUGCAGUCAUUGCUCUUAGUAUCAAAAAGAGACUUAAACGUGAUGUCAUCAAGGUGUAUUUCUGCAGUUUUCAGUGGUUGACAGUACAGCAGAUCCGUAUAUAUUAGUCAAGCUGGAACUUCUCACGGAACCGGUUCUCGGACCGGCUAUUUGCUAGGAAGUGUAUAUUUGCUAAAAGGAGCUGCUGGUUUCAUAUCCGCCGUAUUUAAUGUCCGUGUCCCGAUAUCCUAUGCACUAUAUACAAAGCUGUCGCUGGUGACACGUGGGAACGUAUGCGAUGGAAUCUUCCUGGCUGUCUCACGUUAUUUUAUAACCCUUUCCCUCCUUGGUUUGAUCUUCUAUAGUAAACCUCAACAUAGUUUGUUGAACCCAAGGCAGAGCCGUACCUCGAGGCAUCCGCUCUGAUCUGUUCAUUCAUACUGAUCCACAGAGUAAAGUACACAAUGCCAA